AUGCUUGCAUUAUGUCCCCUUACGGCUCUAGCGCGCGGGGUUGUGUCUAGAGGCUUUGUUACUAUUCACUUCCAUACUCCAAAUGGUGAAACAAAGACAGUGAAGGCAGAACCCGGUGAAAAUCUUCUUCGUGUUGCUCAGCACAAUGAUAUCCCUUUGGAAGGUGCCUGCGAGUGUGGUUUAGCUUGUGCUACUUGCCAUGUAAUUCUUGACAAGAAGCAUUACGAUGCCAUUCCUGAGCCAACAGAAGAGGAGGAAGAUUGCCUUGACAAUGCCUCUGGCAUCACAGAAACCUCGCGCCUCAGUUGUCAAAUCAAAGUGAAUGAAGACAUGGACGGAAUGGAGGUCACGGUCCCCAAGAUUACCCGCAACUUCUAUGUCGAUGGUCAUGUUCCCAAGCCGCAUUCGUUUGUUUUCCUCAAACACAACAGUUACUCAUUUUCUUCUUCUCCUUCACAAUAA